GGGCCCGGAAGUGAUGCAGGUUGUCUGAUAAUCCGUUUAUGAUGAUGCAAAAGGUCCCUGAACACAACACGAGCCAACAUGGGGAUGGUUUGAUCUGAAACUCACCUCGUGCUUUUAUUUACUCGUUAUUAUUUAUUUAUCGUUAUCGUGAUUGUUAUCUCUGUGACUGGGAGCAUGGAUCCGUCAAGGAGGAGUGAGGGUGACUGGCAGGGGCUGAUCAACGAGUUUGUAAUUUGCAAGCGUAAACUGGAGAGCAAGAAAGAGGCGCUCCUGAUCCUGUCGAAGGAGCUGGACACGUGUCAGCAGGAGAGGGACCAGUACAAGCUGAUGGCCAACCAGCUCCGCGAGCGGCACCAGGGCCUCAAGAAGAAGUACCGAGAGCUCAUCGAUGGAGAUCUCUCUCUGCCUCCUGAGAAAAGAAAUCAAGUGAAUUUAGCUCAGUUACUCACGGAUUCCAGAGAGAAAAGUCAUCAGCUCUCUGAGGAGGUGAAGGAGCUGAAACAGCGACUGGUGGAAUCUCAGGGAGAUAACAAGCUCCUCCGAAUGACCAUCACCAAACAGAGGCUGGGAGACGAGGAGGUCGGAGCUCGACACUUCCCCGCACACGAGCGAGAGGAUCUGGUCCAGCAGUUAGAAAGAGCCAGAGAACAGAACGAGGUGCUGGAGCUCAGUGUGAAGUCGCUCACUGACGAGCUGCAGGACGUGCGAGCAGAGAGAGACGUGUUCCAGCAGAAGGCUCAUCGUCUCAAUGUGGAAAUGAACCACAUCGUGGGAAAUGAUGAGAUUCGGUUCCUCGACAUUGAUGCACUCUGCAUGGAGAACAGGUAUUUGCAUGAACGCCUCACUCAACUGCAGAAGGAGGUCAACUUGCUCAAAACAAAUCUGAUGAAGUACAAGAGCGCCCUGGAGUGUCGGAAAAACUCUACAAUCGGAGGCAAAGCCAACAGCAGCGCUCUGACAGGAGUGCUCUCUGCCAAACAAGUGAAGGAAUUGUUGCUCUCUGAAGAAAACGGCUGCAGUUUGCCGGUGACUCCUCAGUCCAUCUCAGACCUCAAGUCUCUGGCCACAGCUCUGCUGGAAACCAUCCAUGAGAAGAACAUGGUCAUUCAGCACCAGCGGCAAAUCAAUAAGAUUCUUGGAAAUCGAGUAGCGGAGCUGGAGAAGAAACUUAAAGCACUUGAGAUGUCGGGAUUAUGGAGCCUGCCAGGAGGAAAAGAGGCCGUCAUCAUGAACCCUCAGCCGACAGAGUCACCACAGUCUCCUGCACAGGAAGCUGAUAAAGGACCCGAAGACAAACCUGCCAUGCAGCAGAUCUCCCCAGAAGUUCAAGUCCAAGAAAGUGAAAUACCCGAAGCAUCUGAUUUUCAUGAAGAGGCACCGCUGCUGCCGUCCAGCGAGGAGACGUCCCCACAGAAGCCUUCGCACCAGUCGGAUGAUGAAGAGCCGGCCAGCCCUCAGAUGGAAAAUCCAAACAAUGACACACAGAUCGCUGUGGAUUUAGCUGCUUUAACACAGGAAGAGGAUUUACUGAGCGAUCCCCUUCCCUCUGUGACGGAGGUGAACGCACCUCGUCCGUCAGACCACGACACACAACUGAAUUUACCCGACUCCGACCCGACAGGCGGAGGAGAGUCGGAUGAAGCUGAAACUGUCGAAGCUGAGUGUGUUAUCACAGAGGAAGACAUUGACGUUGCUUCGUCCUCCGCGGCCGCUGGUGAGAAGCAGCAGGACGUCGCCGAGCCAAACCAGCAGGCAGAGCUUUCAGAUGAGACUGAGGUCUGUGUCGGUCAGGAAGUCUGACGUCUUCCAGGAGCCGCUUACAGAUUGCACAGCAUCAGGAGAAAAUGUAACAACGGUAAUUACUGAAGAUUCAUUUAUAAUGUAAUGAUACUUAAUUUAUUUUGUAUUAAUAAUGAGGAUUACAAAGGAUAAUUUAGCUGAUAGGCUGAACAGACUGUCUAUGAUUGUGUUGUCAGUGGCCCAUGCAUGAAAGUUCAUGGUUGUCUACAGUCCUGAUUACAUCACUUUAUGUUUCUCUCUUUCCUCUAAAGAUGUUUGUAGAAAAGAAAUGUGUUCACACAGUUAUCACAACACUUCCAUUGAUAUUAUAUCCCCAAGAAUGUUAAUCAAGCCUAAGAAAUAAGUGAUUAUACUACUUGUGCUUUCAUGUAUUCAAACCGUUGAACCUGAUGAAUUAUACUACAUGACCAACAGAAUGUGAACGACCCAAUGUGAGUCUUAAACGCCUCAUUUUCAAGACUGGGGACAUUAAAAUGCUGCUGUAAUGCGCUGAACUCUUCCAGGACAGAUUUCCACAAGAGCCUGGGCUCAAGAGAUUUAGCCGGGGAAUUAGUGAGGUUAGGCAAGGAUGUGGGAUUUUAUCCAAAAACUUGUUUUGAGGUCAGAUCUCUGGAAGCUAAGUCAUGUCCUUCUGCACACAGCUUGUAUAAGACCAGUUCUUUCCGGACCUCCCUUUAUUCUCAGUGGACUUCUUGUGUUGACACAGGAAAAUAUUUUUUCCCAAAAAUGUUGGCACAAGCUGAACAAACUGUGUCAGAGGCGUAAAGUGGAGGAUCUGUGAAGAAGUAAACAAGGACUGUCGAUGAGGCGUGGAGAAUUAGAAUUGUCUUCAUAUGAUUAAAAAAUGUCAGCCUCACUGUGGAUCAGCUCAGCUCUUCAGACUCAGAGUCUGGAUUCAAACACCAGAGAAGGAGAAUGUAAUAUGUUUCAGUUUCCUGAAGAAAGACAAACAUUCCUGCUAUGGGCUGAUCUUCAUCAGAAAGUUGUCGGUUUCCACCUCGGUCCAUUCUUUACCAUUGAUUUUUUUUAAAAAAAGCCCGAUGUUAUUGAUUCAUCGGCCAUUUAUUUCAAGUCACUCAAACAUAAUAGAAACAAUUCUGGUGUUACACACUGGAGCCACGUAGAUUACCAGCACUAAUGUCUCACCUGUGCUUUUGUGUAUCGUAUACGUGUUAAAUGUGAACAAUUAAAUCAUAUAUUUGUGGAAAAUAAACAAUUUUAAACUAC